UUGCAACGAUCUCACAGGUGUCAGAUUUGUCACAGACAGAAAUGGAACAACUUUGUACUUUUUUAGGACAUACACUAUCCACACAUAAUAAUUAUUAUAGGUAUUAAUAUUGAUAAUUAAUUUAUUUUCAGAUUUCUGUUCUUUCUCGAUUUAUUGUGAUUUUUAUGAGUAGAAGACCUUUUGUAGCUAUACUUAUCAGCUUGAAUAAUUCUGUCUUAUCAGAUGUAAGCAUGAAUUGUUGUUUUUGCAACUUUCCAACUCUGAUUUUGUAAUUUGUGUGAUUUUAGCAUCCUGAAGAAGAACCGCAUAUUGGUUCGAAAUAUAAGGUAGGUGAAUACAAUAUGCCCAUGUUUGCAAUAUGCGCACGGGCCGUAGUUUGAUAGUUUUAUGAAAGAUGGCAGCACACUCCAUAACAGUAGUUUCCUGAUAACCUACUGUAAUAUUUCAGUCGGUGAUAUCGCCGGUAGGAAGCGCCAUUCGACUAGUGUUGUGUAAAAUCGUGUUCGUGAGACGCUUUUAUAAUAUUCACGGCUUCAUUUUUAUAUUAUAAAGUUGUGAAAGAAACAUUCAAUGACCUGCAAUAUCUUUUGCUUAAUACAUAGAUACUAAAGCUUAGAUUCAGGUGAAAAGUAAUCGAUUUAAGGUAAGACCAUAGACAAAAACACAACCUAACCUAAUUUAACUUCAUGUCUAGCAAUACGCCCACCACGAACGGUCGGCAAUAUGCACAUGGGCAUAUUGCUAGCUCUUUGCAUAAAAUUCAUUUAUAGUGUGAAUUUUUACAGGAAUGACUGGUAAGGCUAGAAAUCGGGGCAUUCGGAGCAAGUGGACCAAAGAAGACCUUCAAAAUGUAGUCGCAGCUGUGAAGGAAGAUAGAAUGUCACGUCAGGGUGCAUCAAAAACAUUUUCAAUACCAAGAAGAACCCUGAGCAGGUAUGUGGACAAAAACGAAAAUAAGAAGUCCGCAAUGGGGCGAAAACCAGUACUUACUGCUGAUCAAGAAAGAGAACUGUCUUCAAGAAUAAUUCGACUGGCAGAGGUUGGUUACCCGCUUACAUCGAAGACACUUCGAAGGUGUGUGUACAAUUUCAGUGCCGAAAAUGGUAUACCAAAUAAAUUUUCUACCAUGUCUAAAACGGCUGGCAGGUAUUGGCUUAACGGAUUUUUAAGGCGAAAUCCUAUAAUAAGACAAAGAAAAGCACAAGGUAUGAACCCAGCUCGUGCCCAAAAAUUGAAUAGAUUUAUCGUAAAUGACCAUUUCACAAAAUUAAAAGAAAUUCUUGUGGAAAUGGAUCUCAUGGAGAGCCCAGAGAGAAUUUUUAACGUUGAUGAAAAAGGUUGCAGGCUAAGUUUACACCAUCAGCAAAGUGUUUUAGCAAAAAAAGGGGCGAAGCGUGUACACCUGGUAGCCCCAGAGCAUGGGGAAAAUGUUACAGUUGUCUCCUGUGGCAAUGCCUCUGGUAAUUCCAUUCCACCAGCAAUUUUGUUUAAAGGGAAAAGACUGAAACCAGAAUGGAGGGACACAUUACCACCAGGAUCUCUGGUCCUUAUGACGCCUAAAGGUAGCAUGAACAUCACCACAUUUUGCAGCUGGAUUGAGCAUUUAGCUAAAUAUAAGCCCGCAGGAAGAUGUCUUUUAAUUUUUGAUGGUGCCAAGUGCCAUCUGGACCACACGAUCGUUGAUGUAGCCGAAAGACAUGAUAUUGUGCUCUAUUGCUUACCAAGCAACACGACACACGAACUGCAGCCGAUGGACAAAUCCGUAUUUCGAUCUUUUGAAUACCAUUGGGACGAUCAGGUGCUCCAAUAUUGGACAAGACACAAAGAUCGAAAUACAGUGGACCCCCGGUAA